AUGUCUGACGAUACCUACCGUAGCUCAAUCACCUCAAGACCAUCCUUCAACAGAACGGUCACAUCUAGCACUCAAAACUAUGGAACUCCAGGAUCUGGAAACCGUGUUCUCAAAAUCGUGACUGAAAUGUCAUCCUCAUCAGUGGCCAGUGGACUUUCUCCAUACGGUCAAAAUGCUGCUUCAACUAUUCGUGAUAACCGUGAGCGGGAAAAGAAGGAAAUCAUGGAACUGAACGAUCGCCUUGCUGGAUACAUUGAGAAAGUCAGAUUCCUUGAGGCCCAGAACAGAAAGCUUGGAGCUGACUUGCAAAUGCUCCAGGGAAGAUUUGGAAAGAGCACUGGAUCAGUCAAAGUGAUGUAUGAGUUGGAAAUCACUACCGCUCAAACUGUUGUCAAGCAGACUUCCAAAGAUAAGGAGGAGGCUGAAAAGGAAAUUCGCAAGUUGCAAGAUCAAUUGAAUGAAUUCCGUAAAAAGUGGGAAGAGGCUACCAGUGGGCGUGCUGAGGACCGUCUUAAAAUUGACGAGCUCCUUGUUACACUGUCCAAUCUUGAAGCUGAAAUCAAUCUUCUUAAAAGACGUAUCGCUCUCCUUGAGGAGGAAAUCGCACGUCUUCGCAAGGAGAAUGCUUGGCUCCAAGCCGAACUUCAACGCGUCAGAGUUCAACUCGAUCAAGAAACUCUUCUCCGCAUUGACAACCAAAACAGAGUUAAGACAUUGCUUGAGGAAAUUGACUUCAUGAAGAGAGGAUUCGACUCUGAGCUUAAGGACCUUCAAGCUAUGGCUGCUCGUGACACUACCAGCGAGAAUCGUGAAUUCUUUAAGAACGAGCUCGCUAAUGCAAUCCGUGAUAUCCGUGCCGAGUAUGAACAGAUGAUGAAUGGAAACAAGAGCGAGUUGGAGUCCUGGUACCAAUUGAGAGUUCAAGAGAUCAACACUCAAUCAAACAGACAAAAUGCUGAGAACAACUACCAGAAAGAGGAGGUCAAAAGACUCCGAAACCAGACAUCAGAGCUCCGCGGUAAACUUUCCGACCUUGAAGGAAGAAAUGUGCUUCUUGAGAAGCAAAUCGAAGACCUCAACUAUCAACUCGAGGAUGACCAGAGAUCCUAUGAAGCAGCCCUUAAUGACAAGGACGCUCAAAUCCGUAAACUUCGCGAAGAGUGCCAAGCCCUCAUGGUUGAGCUCCAAAUGCUUUUGGAUACCAAGCAGACCCUGGACGGGGAACUCAAGGUGUACAGAAAGAUGUUGGAUGGAGAGAGCGAUAAUAAUGGACUCCGUCAACUUGUUGAGCAAGUUGUCCGCACCUCUGCUAUCAACGAGGUAGCUGAUACUGAAACAAUGCGUGUGGUGAAGGGAGAACAUUCUAGCAGAACAUCCUACCAACGAUCAGCAAAGGGAAAUGUUUCUAUCAAGGAAACAUCUCCAGAAGGAAAGUUCGUUAUCCUCGAGAACACCCAUAGAGCCAAGGAAGAACCACUUGGAGACUGGAAAUUGAAGAGAAAGAUUGAUGGAAAGCGUGAGAUUGUCUUCACUUUCCCAUCAGAUUAUGUCCUGCAUCCAUUCCAAUCUGUCAAGAUCUUCGCCCGCGGAAACGGAAUCUCCAACCCACCAGAUGUUCUUGUCUUUGAAGGAGACGACACAUUCGGAGUCGGAGCUAAUGUGCAAACAAUCCUCUACAACAAUAAGGGAGAGGAGCGCGCCACACACAUUCAACGUCAAAGUCAACAGACGACCACUGCUUAA